UGUCGCCUUUACCUCACUAAUAUGGCCGCUGCACUGGCAGGGUUUGGUGUUUGUGCUGUGCUGUUGGGUUUAAAUUGAUCUUCAUCGUCAUGGACAAGAAGAAGAAAAUGUUUGACGUUACAGCAGCGUCGUUGGUGGAUCUGAAGGCAGAACUUUACCGGAAACAAGAGGAAUUCAAACAGGAUAAACUUCUGAAAGAAGCAGGGGCUCCAUUUAAAGCCAAGUCAGUGAACAAGAAGCCGAGUAUCUGGACCAAACAAAAUGCAGGUGUUUCAAAUCGAGCUGAGAAGGACGUAGAAGAAAGUAUUGAGGAACAGCAGACUCUCGAUAAAUCAAAGCAGAGGCUUGAGGAAAAAGCAAAACUUUAUGAACAAAUGACAAAAGGAGACUUACCAGAUGAAGAAACAGAAAGUAUGUACUUGGUCGAUUUCACACAGAAGAUUUUCGACAAGCAGAGAGAGUUGCAGGCUGUACGCGAGAGCGAAGCAGCAAGGAAAGCAUCGGAGCACGUGCAAGAUGAGGACGCAGUGCUUGAGUCUGAAAUUUCAGCCCCACAGAACCCUGAUGAGGAAUGGAUUGACUAUGUGGAUUCCUUAGGCCGAUCUCGAAGGUGCAUGAAGAAAGAUUUGCCAGGACUGCUUGCUAUGGAUAAAGACCUAGGAGGACCAAGGCAGGAAGUGGAAAAGAAAACCUUGCUUUCUGAAGACAUGAGAAGGGAGCUUCAGCGGCAGCAGUGGGAAAAAGAGGAAGAGGAGGCACUGAACAGACCAGUAGGACCGGUGCAUUAUGAGGAUAUCCGUCAAAAUGAGGCUCGAGAACUGGGUGUAGGUUAUUUUGCCUUUGCUCGUGAUGAAAGUGCCAGGAAGAAGCAGAUCGAAACGCUUGACAUGCUGAGAGAACAGACAAUGGAUCAAAGAACAAAACGAGAGAAACUGAAAGAGAAGCGCAAAGCCAUGUUGAAUGCUCGAUUGGCGAAGGUUCGUCAGAGGAAGAUGAAGAAAUUGCAAGGUGAUGGGAUUGAAGACACUGUAGAGCUGCCUGAGCAGAAUGAAGCAGAUGAAGAUACUGAGGAGUCAAAUUCCAUGCCAGUAGAACCAAGUGUAACACAGACUGAAGCUACCUGCACAAAGAAUAAGGUGGAGGUCAUUACACAGGAGCGGAAAGACACGAAACCUGGUGUGCCACACAUCCGGGAAUGGGACAAAGGGAAAGAACUACUGUUUGGACAUUGGUCUAGGAAUCAGCCAGAUCCCGGGGACGAAAGGCCAUUGGAGUUUGCACCCCCUUCGGAGUAUUAUAGCGAUCCCAAGAAGUCGAGUAACUUUGGAAGCUGGAAGAAGGGACUACCCAGAUAUUCCUACCAGCAGACUCAAUCUAAAGAAGGACAACAGUAUACAAGUGUGGGGAAUUCACAAGCCACUUUGGAACAGGCUCAGUCAGCAAGAAUCAGUUCCCUGGAGGAUAUGCUGUCUUAUUACAAACAUUCAACCUGAGCAGUGAUGAACUACAUGGGGACAGCCUAGACUGGAGCCUGUACUUUUAUCUUGAUGUCACAACUUGCAAAUCAGAUUAAAACCUUUUUCCUCAUGC